CUCUCUCACAGCUGUCGAUUUUCACUGCUAAACCCCUGAAGAGAGAACUCCAUUUCCCUGCUGUUGGCCUCUCUCUCAUCUCCCUGUAGCGAGUAAAAAAACAUUGAGAUGUUAUAUCAAGUUGUAUGAUUUUCCUCCGACAUCAUCAACUGAAGAAAAUGAUGAGCUGGCAAAAAUGCCUGCUUCACAAAAGAAGAAACUGAGGCGAAAACAGAGGAAGGCUGAAGCAAGGGCAAAAAAGGAGGCGGAAGUGAAGAAUGAGGAAGCUAAUGUUGGUGUUUCCAAAUAUGGGAAAAGAAAUGUUAAGACGGUUGAUCCGGAUCCAAAUGGAGAGAAAUUAUUGCAGGUCUUUGAAAAGUCAAAAAAAGAUUAAAAACAUGAAGAAAAAUGUGCACCUGGAACAAUAUUUGGGUACACCUGGAACAAUAUUUGGGGAUAACAGUGAUGAUAGUUCUGCUGAUGAUAAUGCAAUCAUAAAUUCAGAUUCCAGCACACGAACUCCAUCAAGAAAUCCAUCAUCAUCAGGGGAAAGUGAUUCCAGCAUUGACUCCAGAAGAUAUGAAGUGAAAAGAAAUGAAGGUGGUGGAAACAACAACAUGAACUCACAAUUUUUGGGAUUCAAGAAGACAAUUCUAUUGGAUAAGAGACUUUUGGUGGAUUUAAUAGACAAAUACACAAAUGGAAUUUUAAAUUGGGAUGAAUUUUCCAUUUCCGUAAAACAAGUUCAUCAAGAAAGAUUGGGAAAUCCCACAAAAAGAUUGGUUAUUUCAAAUAAACCCAAAGAAGAAGAUUACUUUUAUGCCAAUCCAGAAGAGUGUUUGCAAACAUCAGAAUCAGAUGAUGAACCUAGGAUCUGUGAAAAUGUGUGGAUGCAAGGGCAUAAGAUGAAACAUGGUUUGAUGAGAGAUAGAUGCAUGAAGAUGAGAGUGUUGGCUUCAAAAUCUGUAUAUGCUGCUGCUGCUCCUGUGACAAGUACCACUGGCCUUAACAUGGCUCCAAGUGAAGCAGCAACUGGCAGUAGAAGUCAGCAUCAUGAUUCAAGACCACAUCAACUUCAAGACCUCAUAAGGGAAUAG